UUGCGAGUGACGUCAUAUACCCGCGCUUUGUUUGUUUCGUCACUUCGUUGGCGGGAUUCAGGCUCCGGGAAGAGACAGACAGCAAUUGUUUUUGAGAUAAUUGCAAUGCUGUUUUCAGGCAGCAAAAGAAAGAAGGUGAUUGGCAGCUCUCAAAAUGAUCUGUAUGAUCACUGUCUUCAGUUCUAUGCCCAGCCUCCCCUUGAGAACAUCUCUCUUACUGAGUUUGAGACCUUUGCUGUGGAAAGGUUAAAAUUGCUCAAGACUGUUGAAAAUCUUGGUGUAAGCUAUUUGAAAAAUUCAGAGCAAUACAUCAAAAAAUUAGAAAAAGAGUUUGCAAAUCUGAACAUCCCAUACAGAACUGAAGUGGAGGACCGUAAGGUUCAAGUAGGGCCAUCUGAAUAUGAGAAACGGAGAAAGGAUCAUAUCUCCCAUUUUAUUUUACGCUUGGCGUAUUGCCAGACUGAAGACCUCAGGAGAUGGUUUAUCCAACAGGAAAUGGAUCUUUUCCGUUACCGGUUUGGUCACCUUUCUUCAAAGCACAAGACUGACUUUUUACAUAAAAACAAUCUUAAAUAUGACACUGUUAGUGUAGAGGAGAAGAGAAUCCUUAAAGACAAGCUCAUCAGUUCCAGUUAUGGUUUAAGUGGAAUCACAGUGGAAGAACAUGAUUUCUACAAAGUGCCCUUUCAGGAUGCCCUGGAUUUAGUUCGGUCAAGGAAAGUCUACUUGCUGGCUGGCAAUGCCUAUAUUCCCCACCAGGAGAUUGUCACGAUUGUCCUUAAUGACUUCCGCACAAGACUGUCUAAAGCACUUGCAAUGACAGCAAGAUCACUGCCAGCGGUGCAGUCUGAUGAACGACUCCAGCCUCUUCUGAACCACCUCAGUCAUGCGUACGUGGGCCAGGACUACAGCAUUCAGAAGAACAUCGGGAAAAUUUCCCUGGAGCAGAUUGAUGCACUCGCUGCUAAGUCUUUUCCUCUGUGUAAGAGGCACCUACACAAGGCCCUAAGAGAGAGCCAUCACCUCCGCCACGGUGGACGUAUGCAGUACGGCCUCUUCCUCAAGGGCAUUGGUCUUACUCUGGAGCAAGCCCUACAGUUCUGGAGGUCAGAGUUCAUCCGAGGGAAGGUCGACGCAGACAAGUUUGACAAAGCAUAUGCCUACAGCAUCCGCCACAUGUUCGGGAAGGAAGGCAAGCGCACUGACUACACCCCCUACAGUUGCAUGAAGGUGAUUUUGUCAAACCCACCCAGCCAAGGCGACUACCACGGGUGCCCAUUCCGCCACAGCGACCCUGAGCUACUGAAACAGAAGUUACAGUCCUAUAAAAUCUCCCCCGGUGGGAUCAGUCAGAUUCUGGAGCUAGUCAAGGGAAUGCACUAUCAGCUGGCCUGCCAGAAGUACUUUGAGCUGACACACAAUAUCGAGGAUGCUGGGUUUUCUCUUAACCACCCCAACCAGUACUUUACCGAGAGUCAGAAGUUUCUCGGUGGAGGCAUCAAGAAAGAAAUCGAGACGACCCAAAGAAGUCAAGAAAAUGUGUCAAGUAAUGCACCCAACAUGUCCCAACCGCCUCCAGCGAACUCCAAACAGACCCAUGAGGAGAUGGGAGAUUUAGACUCUUUCUUCCAGGAUGAAUAAUUGUGGAUGUGGGUGUGAUCAGCAGACCAUAUAGAGCUCUUACAACACUUACAAAAAAUGCCGGGUUAUUUUAACCUAUAGUUGGGUAAAAUAUGGAGAGAUGCAGUGCUUGGGUUUUAUAUGAAUCUGUGCUGGGUUGUUUAAAACAACCAAUUAAAACCUGUACAUAUUUACCCAACCAUGGGUUUGAAACAACUUGACGUUUUGUAGUGUGUUUGAUACAAAUUAUAUGUACAAUAUUAAAAUGUUAGUUGAAGCUUGUUGUUGUGCUUUUCCUUUUGGUAAUGGAAAAAAGUUUUUUUUAAAUCACCUGCUUUUAAAUAUGGAAUAAAAUUGCUUGUGAAU